AUGUAUGACUUCUAUUACACCAAACUGCUGAACGACCCAUCCAAAUUUGAGCCUCGGGCGGGCAACAGAUGGGUCGAGGUGUGGGAGCCUGAUGAUGGUGGUGGGCUGGUGUUGCUUGACCGCGAAAUUGCCGAGUCCGAGAUCACCACCAAGAUAGCUACCAGUGCCUCUUUACAAUCAGAUAAGGCGGUAGACAACGAUCUCAGCAACCGUCGUCUGCGACUCCAGCUUCUGAUUGGCAGUCCAGAGCAGCAUAAAAGCGACGCGCAGAUUCUACCCCUGCCAAUCUCUCAAAACACCUUCGAGGCCGUCAGAACCACUUGGAAUCUGCCCACAGAGCUGCUGCGCAUGAUGCUAAGCACACUACCAAUAGCCACAGAAUUCCAGACCCAGACUUUGACAGGGGAAUUGAUCACAGGGCUUAUGGCCAGGAGUGCAAGAUCGAGAGACUGGAAUUUUUGCCUUGGUCUUGUCUAUAAUGAGGACACCAAAGUCAUCUCCGGCAUCGUGAACGGUAUGCAAGCUGACGAGACGACACUGAUGCUCAAAUGUAUCCAGGAGUCCACCAACUAUCUGCAAGAUCCCAUGCUGCUACCAGUAUUUUUGCUGGAGCUAAAGGUCCACUAUUUCGCCGUGCUUCUUGAAUCGCGCGCUCAAGGCAUUGAGGAGCUUGAGUAUAGAACUGGCAUGAGACAUGGCUUCUCUACCAAUCCCAGCCGAAAUGCAGCAAGAGAUAGAGCAAGAGAAAGACUCCUGAAAGAGCUCAACUUUGACGAGAUCACUCAAAAGCUUACAGGCGUAACUGGAACUUUGUCAUUUUGCGACAUGACAUUCGCUUCUAGCCUGAGAGCUUUGGAGAUCGUUUGCACGGUGCGAAAUCGACUCAACCACAAACGUCUUGAGGGCAGUGGCCUCAACGUCCAGAGUGGCCUUGACACGAGAAUUUCGUAUCUGCGUGAAUUGAUUGUCGGCGCUCAACUUCAUGGACAGGUCUUGUCAGCACGGACGCGGGCUCAAGUCCAGACAGUCUACAGCAUGAUCGGUCAAAAGGAUAACAAUCUCAACAUCGAGACCGCGGCGACUUCCCAAAUGAUCGCGAGAACAGGCCUCGUUCACAGCAACGCCAUGAGGGACAUGGCUGAAGAUUCGAGGAAUGUUGCCAUUCUCACCCGCAAGGACAGCACCGAUAUGCGUAUCAUUGCAGUGGUGACCCUGCUGUUUCUUCCGGGCACUUUUUCUUCGACCCAGCCACUAACUUAUCGGGACCACAAGAUGGCGACCCUGUUCAGCUCUGGCUUCUUCAUGUUUCUCCCUCGAGACUCCGACCAGGUUGUUUCAAAGUGGAUAUGGCUAUACUUCGCCUUGACCGGAGCGUGCACCUUUGUGGUCUUUUUGGCAUGGUAUCUGUCAUCCAAGAGACAGAACAAGGAGAUGCUGAUCGUGAUGAAUGGAGACAAACGUCCGUCUGUGCCAGCGAAUGUUUCGCUUGAAUCUGAGCAUGGGGUGGCCACGAUGACCAUGACACCACCGGCUCUUUCGACCUUGUGGAUGGACCGCUCCAGAUCAACUGGUGAUAUCGACCCGUUUGUGUCUCUGGGGAGCUCAUCGGACCCUGUCAAAUAA